AUGACGGACCUGGUCCUGCCGUACUAUUGCGAUGGCGGCGUCUACACCUACUUCCUGUCCCUUAGCUGGGGCGGUAUGCCGAUACAUAACCUCGGCGUCCUCCAUCGCGACGCCGAGCGCCGGAAUAUACUAUACGACACUCGCACGAACAGCAUCAUGGUUAUAGACUUUGAGCGGUCCAAGGCGUCCGAUCAGCAAUCCCGAGGCUCGAUAAGCCCGAACUGCCCCAGGCAGACGGGGAAACGAGGCGCGAAGGCCACUGGGAGUGGCGACCCGUUCGCGCUGGAGUUGCGGUAUGUUCUGGUAGCAGUUUCAAAGUGCAUGAAGUGA